GAUAUACAAAUUAAAAAAAAGAAAAUUAGAUGACUAAUAUGAGCAACUAAGCUUGUUUGGAUAAAUAAAAUAUUAUACUUACUCAUCAUAUUGAUAGUAUUAGAGUAUAAAACAGAUAAAAAUAAAAUUUUUAUACACUCUCGCUCAUUCCUUCUACUACAUAAAUUAAUGUCUUAAGGAAUAUGUAAGAAUAAAAUAUGGUCUCAGAAAAUAUUUUGAGAGAUUAAUACUAUUGUAAACAAAAGAUAAUUAAUAAUUUUAUGCUGUGCUUUAAAUAUAGUUUGAUUUCUAUGGCUGCUAUAGAUUAGUAAAUGCAAUUAAUUUCUAUAAAAUUGCUUAAAUUAAAUGCGCUAGUUUUUUUACUCUAUAUAAUUCCUUUUCAUUUAAGUAUAAUUUUUUUAACUUUUUUUUAGUUUAUUUUCAUGCUGGCUAGUAAAUUUGUUAUUUAGCAUCGUAAUUAAAAUUAAAGAUUGUAUCACAAAGUUAAAAUGAGAGCUAUUUUUAUUAUUUGGAUUAUAAUCUGCUUGUUAUAAAUAGGCUUGGUCUGCAGAUGCAUCUAUAAAAAUUUAAUAAUACAAGACUAUGAUAGACUAUAUCGCCUAAUAUGUUUGAGUCCUAUCUGCAUUAUUAAUCUAUUGUAUUAAAUUUACUGGAUUAAUUAUUAUGAAAGGUAUCUUAAAGACAUAACUUAGCUUACUUAAAGCGAGAUUUAAAAUCUUCAUUAAAAAAAAUUGUUAAUAGACUUUUAUUUACUCUAAAAGCAUUUUUAAUCAUAUUUGAAUUAUUCACAAAGAUACUACCUUCUAAAAAAAAAUCCACAAUGCUUUAUAUCUGAAGAAAUGAUAAAAUAUGUUAUUGCAAAUCCAAAAGAAUGCCAAGUAUUUCUUGUUUAAAAUAACUAGGUAGUUCGUGAUCCAUCUUAAGAUAUUGAAAAUCAGAUAUAUAAAAAGUAAAUUAUGGAAGAGUAAAAUAUAGAUAAUAUAAUUAUGAAUGCUGUUUUAUUUUAAAUCAAAGAUAAAUUAUCAUCUAGCUAAAAUCUAAAUUAAUAAGAAAUUGAUAUAAUUAUUCAAACGUAAAGACAGAAAAAACUUUUAGAGAAUCCUCAAAUAUUACCUACAUUGUUUUCUCAAAGAGGUUCUAUGAACUCUAAUUUGCUUUAAACUCCUGUAACUUAUAGCCCAGCUUUCUUUAAUAAAUCUAAUUAAGUUUAGUUAGAUAAUCAAUCGCUUAACUUAAAUUAACCCACUGAAAUGCAAUUUCCCUCCAAUAUUCAAAUUAACCAAAAAUCUUGAAAAUUCAUUCCUCUUAAAUCAGAUUUCUGAUCUUUUUACUUCCUCUCUUCCCAUUUUUAAAAACAAAUUUUAAUAAAAAACUCUAUUUAAUCAAAAUUUUACUAAAUCAACAUGUAAAAUUAUAUAAAAAACUCUAUUCUAACAAUUUUUGUAAAAUAAAUAAGCAAUCUUAAAAAAAACUUUUC